CCCCAACUUUUUUUUUGCCCCUUCAAAGCCUCUCUUCACCAUGCCAUUCCUGCAGAAAAAUCUAAAACAAAUGGCUUCCUGCAUCGAAGAUGAUUCGAUGAUACUUUUCUCGACUUCCAAUUCCCCUGAAGAAUCCACCAGCGCUUCCUCUUCUUUUCACCUUUCACCGCUGCCAGCAUUAGCACAACAACAUUUCAAGACAUCUUGCAAAGAAGUCACUGUAAGAAAUCUCUCUUACUCUAUAAAUCCUGAAAGGUCACUCUGUUCUUCGUUCUGUUACUUGAUGAAGCAAGAGCCUAAGCCUAUUAACAUACUCAAAUCAGUCUCAUUUGUUGCAAGAAGCUCAGAAAUUCUUGCGAUUGUCGGUCCGAGCGGCACUGGAAAGUCUACUCUGCUUCAAAUAAUAUCCGGAAGGGUGAAAGAUAAAGAUUUUGAUCAAAAUUGUAUCUCUAUAAAUGAUCAUCGAAUAACAAGUCCUGCUCAGUUGCGGAAAACGUGUGGAUUUGUUGCGCAAGAAGACGAUUUGCUCCCUCUACUCACUGUGAAAGAAACGCUCAUGUAUAGUGCCAAAUUCAGGCUAAAAGAAGCCAGUGCAAGGGAGAAAGAAGAGAGGGUUCAUAGUUUGAUGCAUGAGCUUGGCCUUGUCCAUGUUGCGGAUAGUUUUGUCGGGGACGAAGAGCAUAGAGGGAUAUCUGGUGGAGAAAGGAAAAGGGUAUCAAUUGGUGUUGACAUGAUUCAUGACCCACCGAUUCUACUUCUUGAUGAGCCAACUUCAGGCCUAGACAGCACUUCAGCUUUACAAGUGAUUGAGCUCCUCUCAUCAAUGGCCAGAGCAAAGCAGAGGACUCUGCUCCUAUCUAUACACCAACCAGGUUAUAGGAUUCUUCAAUACAUUCCCAACUUCUUGAUCCUGGCUCGUGGUUCUGUUGCUUAUUAUGGUUCUCUUGACUCACUGGAGGAAACCAUAAUCAAUCUGGGAUUUCAAAUUCCUAUGCAGCUAAAUGCUCUUGAAUUCGCCAUGGAAAUCAUCUCUCCUCUGGUAGAGUCAAAUUCUAACCGUCGCCUCUCCAAUGAAACAUGUAACUUCUCAAUCUGGUUAGAAGAAGAAAUUGGCAGUGCUCAACAACAUAGUCAUAACAGAAGCACUGAAAAUUCUCUGUUCCUUAAUUUUUACGAAAUCAUGCAUCUCUGCUCAAGGUUUUGGAAAGUUAUCUACAGAACAAAGCAGUUGUUCCUGGCAAGGACAAUGCAAGCAGUUGUUGGGGGAUUCGGAUUGGGGAGUGUUUAUGUGAAGGUGAGGAAUGAUGAAGGAGGAGUCACAGAGCGAUUGGGUCUGUUCGCAUUCAGUCUAAGUUUUCUUCUUUCUUCCACAGUCGAAGCGCUACCAAUAUACCUUCAAGAACGACGAGUACUAAUGAAGGAAGCAUCAAGAGGAGCCUACAAAAUAUCCUCAUACAUAAUUGCCAACACCAUUGUCUUCCUUCCCUUCUUGUUCGCGGUCGCAGUCCUUUUCGCCGUUCCCGUCUACUGGAUCGUAGGACUGAAUCCUUCAAUUCAAGCAUUCUCAUUCUUUGUCUUCACAGUUUGGCUCAUUGUGUUGAUGGCCAGUUCAUUAGUACUCUUUCUCAGCGCAGUCUCUCCAGAUUUCAUAUCAGGGAACACGCUCAUAUGCACUGUUCUUGGGGCAUUCUUUCUCUUCUCAGGCUACUUCAUUCCCAAAGAGAACAUCCCAAAAUAUUGGAUUUUUGUGUAUUAUGUGUCCUUAUACAGGUAUCCAUUGGAUUCGCUUCUGAUAAAUGAAUAUUGGAGUGUAAGAAGUAAGUGCUUUUCUUGGCAAGGUGAAGAAGAACUUUCAAAGUGUCUGGUAACAGGAUAUGAUGUGUUGAAGAGCAGAGGACUAGACAAGGACACUAGGUGGAUUAAUGCAGGGAUCAUGCUUGGUUUCUUUGUGUUGUAUCGUGUGAUUUGUUGGAUCAUUCUUGCUCAAAGGGCUAAAAGAACUACCAUAUAAAAGAUGUAUUAGUGCUUUUCUUCAGUUAUUUCCAUGUUGGAUGAUUGUAUGAAUUUAUAUAUUUCUUUAUUUCUCUAGGCUUGGUGUUACAUGAUCACUUACUCUUGAUUUGAUUCACGAAUUUGGAUAUGAGAAAGGAAAGAUAAUGCCAAGAACAUCUAUUUUCCUGA